UUGGUUUUUUUUCUUUUUUCUUUUUUUUUUUUUCUCUUUUGCCCCGGGGCUCAAUGGAUGGAUUGUGGAGAACUGUACCGGGUUGCAGGUUGUUGAGCAACUGAUGGGACCAUCUCAGGGACCGGCGGUUACGGAAGAUGCUGAUGUGAAGAACUGCUCAGAAAACUGAAAUGUUUAAUUCAGUAAGUCAGAAGAAGAAAACAUGGAUUUUUAGCAAUCAAAGAACAAAUUAAGGUGUCUGACUUGGGAUACCAGUCUUUAUUUUUUGAGGAAUUUUUGUUUCUCUUUUUGUGUCUGUUUUUAAUCAUUGACAUUGGAGAACAGAAGAGGAACCAGAAAUACACUCAUUUGGUUUCACUUCAGAACUCUCAUUCCUGAGGCAUCCUCGCCUGAGAACACAGCCAUGUGGCCACCACAGCUCUUCAUCCUCACGAUGCUUUUAGCACCUAUAGUUCAUGGUGGCAAGCACAAUGAGAGACAUCCAGCCCUUGCUGCUCCCCUGCGACACGCUGAGCGCAGCCCAGGAGGCGCUCUACCUCCCAGACAUCUCCUUCAGCAGCCAGCUGCGGAGCGCGCCACUGCUCACCGAGGACAAGGGCCACGUGGAGCUGCCAGAGGAGUUCGUGGACCAGGUGCCCCGGGAGCGCAGAUCGCAGCCCAAGCUUUCAGCCGUGCCCCAAUUCCCAUGGCAGUGGUUCGCCGAGAGCUCUCCUGUGAGAGCUACCCCAUUGAGCUCCGCUGUCCCGGCACAGACGUCAUCAUGAUUGAGAGUGCCAACUACGGGAGGACAGAUGACAAGAUCUGUGACUCUGACCCUGCUCAGAUGGAGAAUAUCCGAUGUUAUCUGCCAGAUGCCUAUAAAAUUAUGUCUCAAAGAUGCAAUAACAGAACCCAGUGUGCAGUGGUGGCAGGCCCUGAUGUUUUUCCAGACCCAUGUCCAGGAACUUACAAAUACCUGGAAGUGCAGUAUGAAUGUGUCCCUUAUAAAGUGGAACAAAAAGUUUUUCUUUGUCCUGGACUGCUAAAAGGAGUGUACCAGAGUGAACACUUGUUUGAAUCUGACCACCAGUCUGGGGCAUGGUGCAAAGACCCUCUACAGGCUUCCGACAAGAUUUACUAUAUGCCCUGGACCCCCUACAGAACAGAUACCCUGACAGAGUACUCAUCCAAAGACGACUUCAUUGCUGGAAGGCCAACGACUACCUAUAAGCUCCCUCACAGAGUGGACGGCACCGGAUUUGUGGUGUACGAUGGUGCCCUGUUCUUCAAUAAGGAGCGUACCAGGAACAUAGUAAAGUUUGAUUUGAGGACUAGGAUAAAAAGCGGAGAGGCGAUCAUAGCAAAUGCCAAUUACCAUGACACCUCCCCAUACCGAUGGGGUGGCAAGUCUGACAUAGACUUGGCAGUGGAUGAAAAUGGAUUAUGGGUAAUCUAUGCAACAGAACAGAACAAUGGCAAAAUUGUUAUUAGCCAGUUGAACCCUUACACCCUAAGGAUUGAGGGCACGUGGGACACUGCAUAUGACAAAAGGUCAGCUUCGAAUGCAUUCAUGAUUUGUGGGAUUUUGUAUGUGGUCAAAUCUGUAUAUGAGGACGAUGACAAUGAGGCCACAGGUAAUAAGAUUGACUACAUUUACAACACCGACCAAAGCAAGGAUAGCCUGGUGGACGUACCCUUUCCGAAUUCCUACCAGUACAUAGCAGCUGUGGAUUACAACCCCAGGGACAAUCUGCUUUAUGUGUGGAAUAACUACCAUGUUGUGAAAUACUCUUUGGACUUCGGGCCUCUGGAUAGUAGAUCAGGUCCAGUGCAUCAUGGACAGGUUUCCUACAUCUCUCCACCAAUUCACCUUGACUCUGACCUAGAAAGACCCCCUGUUAGAGGAGUAUCUACCACAGGACCUUUGGGAAUGGGCAGCACGACCACCAGCACCACCCUCCGGACCACAACCUGGAACUUAGGGAGGAGUACCACCCCAUCCUUGCCCGGCAGGAGGAAUCGCAGUACCAGCACACCAUCCCCUGCGGUGGAGGUGCUGGACGACGUGACCACGCAUCUGCCGUCAGCAGCCUCCCAAAUCCCAGCUAUGGAAGAGAGCUGCGAGGCCGUGGAAGCCCGAGAAAUCAUGUGGUUUAAGACCCGUCAGGGGCAAGUAGCAAAGCAGCCAUGCCCUGCAGGAACCAUAGGUGUGUCCACUUACCUAUGCCUUGCUCCUGAAGGAACAUGGGAUCCCCAAGGACCAGAUCUCAGCAACUGCUCUUCUCCUUGGGUCAAUCACAUAACACAGAAGCUAAAAUCUGGAGAAACAGCUGCCAAUAUUGCUAGAGAGCUGGCGGAACAGACUAGAAAUCAUUUGAAUGCUGGGGACAUCACCUACUCAGUUCGUGCCAUGGACCAGCUGGUUGGCCUCCUGGAUGUACAGCUCAGGAAUUUGACGCCAGGAGGAAAAGACAGUGCGGCACGCAGCUUGAACAAGCUUCAGAAAAGAGAGCGCUCUUGCAGAGCCUAUGUCCAGGCGAUGGUGGAGACAGUUAACAACCUCCUUCAGCCGCAAGCCUUGAACGCAUGGAGAGACCUGACGACAAGUGAUCAACUACGUGCAGCCACCAUGUUGCUUGACACUGUGGAGGAGAGCGCUUUCGUGUUAGCCGAUAACCUUUUGAAGACUGACAUUGUCAGGGAGAAUACAGACAAUAUUCAACUGGAAGUUGCACGGCUGAGCACGGAAGGAAACCUAGAAGACCUAAAAUUCCCAGAAAACUUUGGCCACGGAAGCACUAUCCAGCUUUCAGCCAACACUUUAAAGCAAAAUGGUCGGAACGGAGAGAUUAGAGUAGCCUUUGUCCUAUAUAACAACCUUGGUCCUUAUUUGUCUACGGAGAAUGCCAGUAUGAAGCUGGGAACAGAAGCUAUGUCCACAAAUCAUUCUGUUAUCGUCAAUUCCCCUGUUAUUACAGCAGCAAUAAAUAAGGAGUUCAGUAAUAAAGUUUAUUUGGCUGAUCCCGUCGUAUUUACUGUUAAACAUAUCAAGCAGUCAGAGGAAAAUUUCAACCCUAACUGUUCAUUCUGGAGCUAUUCCAAGCGCACAAUGACAGGUUACUGGUCAACACAAGGCUGUCGGCUCCUGACAACGAACAAGACACAUACCACAUGUUCCUGUAACCACCUCACCAACUUUGCAGUACUGAUGGCACAUGUGGAAGUCAAGCACAGUGAUGCAGUCCAUGAUCUUCUUCUGGAUGUGAUCACGUGGGUUGGAAUCUUGCUGUCUCUUGUUUGUCUCCUGAUCUGCAUCUUCACAUUCUGCUUCUUCCGUGGGCUCCAGAGUGACCGGAACACCAUUCACAAGAACCUCUGCAUCAGCCUAUUUGUGGCAGAGCUGCUCUUCCUGAUCGGAAUCAACAGAACCGACCAACCAAUCGCCUGCGCUGUGUUCGCAGCCCUCUUACAUUUCUUCUUCUUGGCGGCCUUCACCUGGAUGUUUCUAGAAGGGGUGCAGCUGUACAUCAUGCUGGUGGAAGUCUUUGAGAGUGAGCAUUCCCGCAGGAAGUACUUUUAUCUCGUCGGCUACGGGAUGCCUGCGCUCAUAGUGGCAGUGUCUGCCGCCGUCGACUACAGAAGCUAUGGCACAGACAAAGUAUGUUGGCUUCGCCUUGACACCUACUUCAUUUGGAGUUUUAUAGGACCGGCGACCUUGAUAAUUAUGCUGAAUGUAAUCUUCCUUGGGAUUGCUCUAUACAAAAUGUUUCAUCAUACUGCUAUACUGAAACCCGAGUCAGGCUGUCUAGAUAAUAUCAGCUAUGAGGAUAACAGACCCUUCAUCAAGUCAUGGGUUAUAGGUGCAAUAGCUCUCCUCUGCCUGUUAGGAUUGACCUGGGCCUUUGGACUCAUGUAUAUUAAUGAAAGCACAGUCAUCAUGGCGUAUCUCUUCACCAUUUUCAAUUCUCUACAGGGGAUGUUUAUAUUCAUUUUCCACUGUGUUCUACAGAAGAAGGUACGGAAAGAGUACGGGAAAUGCCUGCGCACGCACUGCUGUAGUGGGAAAAGCACCGAGAGUUCCAUUGGCUCAGGGAAAACAUCCGGUUCUAGAACUCCAGGACGGUAUUCUACAGGCUCCCAGAGCCGAAUUCGGAGAAUGUGGAAUGACACUGUCCGAAAACAGUCAGAAUCGUCCUUCAUUACUGGAGACAUAAACAGCUCAGCAUCACUCAACAGAGGGCCAUAUCUUCCCUGCAUUCAGGCGUGUGUAACAUAUUUAGGAGCCAUGGCUAAUCAUCUUAUAAGCAAUGCUCUGCUUCGUCCGCAUGGUACUAACAAUCCCUAUAACUCAUUGCUUGGGGAACCGGCGGUCUGUAACAGUCCUUCUGUCAGCAUGUACAACGCACAAGAGCCCUACAGAGAGACAAAGGGGCUUCUGAACAAUGCCAGGGAUACAAGUGUCAUGGAUACUCUACCACUGAAUGGUAACCAUGGCAACAGUUACAGCAUUGCUGGCGGCGAAUACUUGAGCAACUGUGUGCAAAUUAUAGACCGUGGCUAUAACCACAACGAGACCGCCCUAGAGAAAAAGAUCCUAAAGGAACUCACUUCCAACUAUAUCCCUUCGUACCUGAACAACCACGAGCGCUGCAGUGAACAGAACAGGAAUAUGAUGAACAAACUGGUCAACAACUUGGGCAGUGGGAGCGAGGACGACGCCAUAGUCCUGGAUGACGCAGCGUCCUUUAACCACGAGGAGAGCCUGGGCCUGGAACUCAUCCACGAGGAAUCCGAUGCUCCCUUGCUGCCCCCGAGGGUUUACUCCACGGAGAACCACCAGCCACACCAUUACAGCAGGAGGCGGCUCCCCCAGGACCACAGCGAGAGCUUCUUCCCUCUGCUAACGGACGAGCACACAGAAGACCUCCCGUCACCGCACAGGGACUCUCUGUACACCAGCAUGCCGGCCCUGGCUGGCGUGCCAGCUGCAGACAGCGUGACCACCAGCACCCAGACCGAAGCCGCGGCGGCCAAGGGCGGGGACGCCGAAGACGUCUACUACAAAAGCAUGCCAAACCUGGGCUCCAGAAACCACGCGCACCCGCUGCACGCCUACUACCAGCUGGGGCGGGGCAGCAGCGACGGGUUCAUAGUUCCUCCCAACAAAGACGGGGCCUCUCCGGAGGGGACUUCCAAAGGACCCGCGCACUUGGUCACUAGUCUAUAGAGGAUGACGCGGAGAUGGCAACCAGCAGGGCUGCCAACACCUAGCGGACCAUCCUGAGCCAUAGACGCAGUGGUCAUCGUGUGUACCCCGACAUCUGAUGCUGUUCUCAAAAGAGAGACUCUCUGACUUUUUUUUUUUUAACUUGAAUUUUUAGGUCAGCCCAGGGGAUGAAGCUAACGGCCGAGAUCCUCCUGUGCCCCAUUCUUUCCCGUCCUUUUCCCACCGAUGGAGACUUCAUUAUGUUAAUGAACGAGAUAUGAAGAAAUCGGCGCUCACGGUGGCCUUCUUGGAUUACGUUGCGUCUGUUUGACAUCUCUGAUGCUCUGUUACUAGAGUCACAAGGACCUGGUUUUCCUUUUUCUUUUUCUUUUUUCUUUUUUUUCUUAAGGCCAGAACAACUGUUUGAAAUUAGUAACAGUGCCGCAUCUAGAUGGGGGUGCUGCCCAGCCAUAGGAGCGGAGCAGAACUGUACCACGUAGCGGUUCACGGUCACUCGCAAACUGAGCUCACCACAGCGGGAGAAGCUGUGACAAAGAAAAGCAAAACGGCAAGGUUAAUAAUCUGACCGAGGGGAAUUCUAGAAUUAUAUGCUAAAUGCAUAUUUUAUGAUUUGCUGUAUUAACUGAUGAUAAAACUAAUGGCAGAAAAAAAAAUUGAACAAUUUCUAUGUAAUGUACAGAUACUAGCAUUGCGCCUAUAGUCUGCUUUCUGUUCCUCCAGAAUUUGAGUCCUGUUAAUGUAGUGGCAAAAAAGAAAUUUUCUUUUUCUUUUGUGCUAGUCUUGCAAGUUUGUCUACCAGUAAAACAGCAAAGUUUCCUUCCUUUCUUGUUUUCUUUCUUUUCAUUUUUUUGUCCCCUCUCCCCACCUUUUUUUUUCCUUUAAAAAUUCACCUGGCAAAAUAAUAAAAAAAUAAAUAAAUGAAGCUAUCACUUUAUAAGAAUCAUUUUCUAGUAAUGCAAACAAAUUAUUUUUUAACAAAAAAAUAAAUAAAAUAAAAUAAAUAAAAUUAGACUUCCUUCCCUCACUAUAUAUCUUUAUCCAGCCCGAGUAUUUCCAACAUCAUUUUGCAAAAUAGAGCAGGACAAAAUUUUGUGUGUCCAGGGCACAUCUGUUGUAAUGCAAAGCAUAUUUGGCAAGCACUUCAUCACCAAGGCAGUAGCUGUGAUUCUAGAAGCUAAGAGGUGUCUCUAGAGGUAGAGGGGCUUCUGCAUGUGAAGAGCCGUACUGUGCAUUCCGACCCCCACACCGGCCGCCUGCACUACCAAUUGUUAGAGGAGAUUCCCUCCCUCAUAGUAAAAGGUCAAUUUAUUUUUAAGUGAUUUUUUUUAAAGUUUUCUGUUAACAGGAAAAUUUAUUUAUUUGACAGGAUUUUAAGUAAUGUAGGAAUACAAAUGGUAAAUUAGCAGCACAUAUAAUUUUUUUUUUAAAAAUUUAUGAUCCAUUUUGUAUGGUCUCAAGUUGGAUGACCUCAUUACUAAUAUUUGUUGUAAAAGUGAAACUUGUUUGCCAACCAAUAAACAACUGAUUGAGAUUUAGAAGAGAUUGUUUUGACGUAUGUACUAUAUUUCAAGUACUCUCCAUUUUUCUUGCCUUUCCUUUUCUCUGUUUUCAGAAUAUAAACUUUCCUCAUCCUUUGUGACCCAAGUGAGCCACACAAAAGGAAUAGUUAUGACUUAAAUAUCCAAACACAACAUGGUGUAGUUUUUUGCAGACAAAAUCAACCAGGGAAAUGGGAUGGUUUAAAGCAGAAUGUCUAAUUCACACUCAAGAGGGUUAACAAAGGGUGCUUAUUUAUAAUCCAGCUCUCCUCACCAGGCUUAUGUCUAAAGACAGAGUCAUUCACUGGUUUUAAUAUCACAUGUGAUAGCCAUGUCCCACCCCUUCUCCUCUGCGUAAGCUCCAUCUUGAUAGAGGAGAUAUUUCGACAUUUAAAUUUACUCAGUUGGCUCAGAAAUGUGACGUAAUAGCAUUGAGCAUAUGCAUUGUACAAGAAUAGUCUAAGACCUUUAAAAUCAACACACACCAUUCAGGUUUCUUUACGGCAAUCUCAAACAAAAUUCACUGUUGAUUCUUGUCCUCCAUCCCUCCAACUUUCCCUUUGGAGGCUUCCAACACCCCACCCCACCCCCACUGCAUCCUUUCCUCCUUCAUGCCACAUAUGUAAGACAGUUUUAUGCUAUUUCUGUCUUCUUCAACUUAUGGGAGCGGGGGGGGGGGAGGGAGAAGGACAAAAAUAAUUCAAAGAACUUUCUAGAUUUUGCAGCUCCAUUACUAGCAGUGUCUGAGCAAGGAGCCAGACUUAGAAUAAAGCUCAAAUGAACUUGCCAAAUUAUAUUUUCUCCCGUAGUUCCCUUGGGUUCACUUUACAAAAGUCUGUACGCUAGCUAUCUAUAAAUGCUAUCUUAAAUCCAAGAAACGAGUUGAGAGAGUGAAUGGCCAGUUAUCCUUCGACAACAUAAAAUCUGAACCAGAAGGAAGUUGUGCUGGGCUGGAGAAUGUAUUAAUCUGAAAGCUGCUUUGAAAGAAUCCAUGGAUCAUUCGAAUUUGGUCAGGUGAUGGCAAUAUUUUCUUUAAGUCUAUAGACAUUUUGAUUGGGAGGAGAUGCAAGCAUUAGAAGUAGUUAGUUCUAUUAAAAAAAAAAAACCCUUUGUGGGCCUAUCUAAAGGCAGCCUUGGAAAUAUGCAUAUUGUUAUGAAAUACAAAUAGUCAUGCUUGAUUUGAAGAUUAGUACUCUUGAUGCAAACAAAUCAGUAAAAUGCUGGUUUCAUGGAACAAUGGGAAAAUUACUUCAGCUGUUGACACUCUGAUAUUAUUUCAUUCCUGUAUGUGAUACUUUGUGUUUCUUACAUGGAAGCUGAAACAGGUGCCUGCCCAUUUCUACAGGGAACGACCUGAAGAAAUAUCACUUUAAUCUGGUAUAGAAGGCCUUCGCAUGCUAUGGGUUAACUUUGCUCUUGAAUCAAGAUGAAAGGGUCAUGGCUGACUUCUCAUACAUCAUAACUGGUGUACUUCAGAAAGAAUUGAUCCCCAAGUUCUUUGCUAUGUGACUCUAAGUAAACAAAAGAAAAAGUAGGUAAGGAACUUGACUGCAUCAUUUCAUUAGAAAUUUGUACAUUCCUUUAGUCCUGUUGAUAUAAGCUAGCUUAAUUCCUGAACCUCUGGUCCUCCCACCUGUCCUUUCAUGUAACCCAUUAAUAACCCAUUAAUGUUAUUAAUUUUUCUUCAUUCUGUAACCUUUUGUUGAUUCUAGCUUUUCAGUACCCCAAGACACUCAUUGAUAGGCUUAUUUGCAUAUUUCCAUGAAGUAAAUUUCUAUCCAAUAGACUCAGUGUACAUACAUCGCACAUUAUUUAGACAGUUGAAAGAGAAAGUCAUGGAAAUUAAACAAACUAAUUAUUGCUUCCUAGUAAAUAAUAUUUUUGUAAUAUUUUACGCUUGAAGUUUUUACCUCUUUGAGGUCUGAAGCAACAUGACACUUUGUCAGGGCACUAUGGAAUGGACCUCAGGUUUAAUCAAUUCUUAUAUUAGUGGCUUGUUGCAUGGCCAGUGUUGCUAAUUAAUAAUAUUUAUAAGAAUAUAAGAAUUCAGAGAAGAAUUGGUUGGAAUUCACUUAAAUUUUGUGAACAUCCCUCUUUGUUUUUAAUACAGUAAAUUUUUAACAUGUGGGAAACAAAUUUCCAAGUCCUGUGAUAGAAUAAUCUUAAUGAGUCAAAUGAAUUGGCAUGAGAACAAUUAUAUUAAAAUAAAAAAUAAGCAGGAAAUUAUAUUAAAGGCAGCUAAUUAUAUUAAUUAUAAUUUCCUGUAAAAAACAUUCAUUGUGGUUCUAAGUUAAAACAUAGUUUACGGUCUAAACUGUUUUUAAGACUGCCAGUAUAAUUUAAAAAGUUCUUACACUAAAACGAACCCAAUCUUUAAAGAAUUGGUUUUUUAAUUGUCAGUGUUAACAAUAUGAUGAAUCCCCUGACUUUAACUAGAACAUUAAAACCUUUUGUCAGUGACAGACUGCAGUUUUGCGGGAAAAAGAAAUAAAUAUAGCUUUUGUCUAAAGAUCAACUCUGAACUGCAUUGUAUCCACUCCAUAUCAAUGAAAGUAGUUUUUGAAGUUGCUUAUUAGCACUGUAUCAAACUUCUAGUACUUCCAAUAUUUUGGGGGAGAAAACACACCACUGAUAAAACAAGCAAAUAAACAAAAGCCACCUUAACUAUAAAUAAACAUCAAUGUAAAUUUUCAAAGGCAAAAAUUAACAAUGAUAAACUCUAAUCUGAUUUUAAUUGAGGCAUUGGCAUUAAUAUUUUACUCCAACAGAAUAACUGACAUAAAAUACUAUAUACAAACUUCCCAGUAUAUUAUAAACCAGAAUGUAAAGAUUUAACUGGUCAGUUUUAGUAUCUCAUAAUAUCACAUAAGCAAUUACUAUGCAUUUCUAUUUAAAAAAAAAAUAUAUAUAUAUAUAUAAGAUUUCUCCAUGCAAAGUUUAGGAAGUUGAAGACAUAGAAGGAACACAAAUACAUAGAAAAACGGGUUUUGGAAGCAUUUUUGUAGAAAUGAAUUCUAUGUAAGAAUUUUCAUGGAGUUUAUAAAAUAGACCCCAAAGAGUAAACUCAGUUUUGUAAUCAGAAAAUCUGACAACUCAAACCACCUGAAAUAUGUGUUAAAAAUCCAAGCUUUCAUUUGUAAUUCAAAGUGUCGAUAAUUGCUAUAAUUGUGUGUGUCCUGGUUAAGCCACUGCAGUCAUUUACCAUGAUGACAUCAUGUUUGCUUUAAAAAGGGAAACAGUCUUUUAAUUUUCACCUGUGCAUGUGUUUACACAGUCUAAUUCUUUUUUAUAAGCUUUCAGAGAACGUGACUUUUUUUUUACAAUUAUUAACUGUAUUGGUACUUUUUUUUUCAACUAGCCAGGUAGUAGUUACUAUAGUUUUGUAUAUUCUCAUUUUAAGUAAUUAUCCUAGUCUCUUUUUUUCAAAUAAAUAAAUAAAUAAAAGCAUCAGUUCGCCUCUA